AUGCGUCUACGAACUGGGGGCGUUGAGAGGAGCGUUCUACGGCAAGACGUCGUCUCACACCACUUCUGCGUUGCCCACGGGACUGAGCAUGACUGCCACCCUUAUGGGAUGUUCAUUUCGCGCGCCGAGUUCAACGAGGGUCUUGUCCAGGCGCUGCCGAGUGCGCGGCCGCCAGGGGAGGUUUCCGCCCAGGACGAGGUACUGGCUGCGCGCGUGCAGGUGCUGGCGGACGAGGGAAAGCUAUUUUCCCACGGACAUCUGCACCUCGGCAAUAUCUGUGUUGAGGGGGAUGCGAAUGUGACGGGGCUGAUCGACUGGGGUGGCGCUGGCUUGAGCAUACAUCAGUGCGACUACUUGGAGGAGGCUGCGCUCGUGCAAGCCAUCUUGGGACGAUGCGUCGAAGAAGGUGUUCUCCCCGGACGCGAGAGAAGACUUUGGUUUGUUGCACGAGUUUGA